GCCGGGCCCGCACAGGGGCCCGGCUCGCCCGGGACCGCGGCGGGACGCGCGCGGCGCUGCGCCGACUUCUUGCGGCGCCAAGCGCUGGUGCUACUCACGGUGUCCGGGGUGCUGGCGGGCGCGGGCCUGGGCGCGGCGCUGCGCGGGCUCGAGCUGAGCCGCACGCAGGUCACCUACUUGGCUUUCCCCGGCGAGAUGCUGCUCCGCAUGCUGCGCAUGAUCAUCCUGCCGCUGGUGGUCUGCAGCCUGGUGUCGGGCGCCGCCUCCCUCGACGCCAGCUCCCUCGGGCGUCUGGGCGGCAUCGCCGUCGCCUACUUUGGCCUCACCACGCUGAGUGCCUCGGCCCUCGCCGUCGCUUUGGCGUUCAUCAUAAAGCCCGGGUCCGGCGCGCAGACCCUUCAGUCCAGUGACCUGGGACUGGAGGCAUCGGGUCCUCCUCCGGUCACCAAAGAGACGGUGGACUCUUUCCUCGACCUGGCCAGAAACCUGUUUCCCUCCAAUCUUGUGGUCGCAGCUUUCCGUACGUAUGCAACCGAUUAUAAAGUGGUGAACCACAACAACAGCUCUGGAAAUGUAACCCACGAGAAGAUCCCAAUUGGCACUGAAAUCGAAGGGAUGAACAUUUUAGGAUUGGUCCUUUUUGCCCUGGUGUUAGGAGUGGCCCUAAAGAAACUAGGUUCCGAAGGAGAAGAACUCAUCCGUUUCUUCAAUGCUUUCAACGAGGCGACGAUGGUGCUGGUGUCGUGGAUUAUGUGGUACGUACCUGUGGGCAUCAUGUUCCUGGUUGGCAGCAAGAUUGUGGAAAUGAAGGACAUCAUUGUGCUGGUGACCAGCCUGGGGAAAUAUAUCUUCGCAUCUAUAUUGGGCCACGUUAUUCACGGAGGAAUCAUUCUACCACUUAUUUAUUUUGUUUUCACACGAAAAAACCCAUUCAGAUUCCUCCUGGGCCUUCUCACACCAUUCGCAACAGCAUUUGCUACCUGUUCCAGCUCAGCAACACUUCCCUCCAUGAUGAAGUGCAUUGAAGAAAACAAUGGCGUAGACAAGAGGAUCAGCAGGUUCAUUCUCCCCAUCGGGGCCACAGUGAACAUGGACGGAGCUGCCAUCUUCCAGUGUGUGGCUGCGGUGUUCAUUGCCCAGCUCAACAACGUAGAGCUGAAUGCAGGGCAGAUCUUCACAAUUCUAGUGACCGCCACCGCGUCCAGUGUUGGAGCAGCAGGUGUGCCAGCUGGAGGGGUCCUUACCAUUGCCAUUAUCCUGGAGGCCAUUGGGCUUCCCACUCAUGACCUCUCUCUGAUCCUGGCUGUGGACUGGAUUGUGGACCGCACCACCACUGUGGUGAACGUGGAAGGGGAUGCCCUGGGUGCAGGGAUUCUCUACCACCUGAAUCAGAAGGCGAUGAAGAAAGGCGAGCAGGAACUGAGCGAGGUGAAAGUGGAAGCCAUCCCCAACUGCAAGUCCGAGGAGGAGACAUCACCUCUGGUGACGCAUCAGAACCCCACUGGCCCCGUAGCCAGUGCCCCAGAACUGGAAUCCAAGGAGUCAGUCCUGUGAUGGGGCUGGGCCUGCCAGCGGUGGCGCCCCACCCUGUCAGCCCAGCUGUGGACACGGGGCAUUGCCUUGGACUUUUAGCCUCCCGAGCAAUGCUUUGGCCCAAUCGCUGGUUUGAGGAUUACCUUUCAGCUCAGGCAUUGGGCUCCCCAGCAGGAAUUGGUUACCAAGGACCAGGACACUCUGACAUUUGGCUUAAUCCCUGUCCAGGUGUGACUCCACAUGCACCAGGGCUCUGUUUGGGACCCCCUCGAGCUGCCAGGCUUGGGGAGAUGAUGGCCUUACAGGGGCCUGUGGUUAAAGCUUGGAAAAGUGCAGGUGUAUUCUUCAUUGUCCCCCAGUCCACUCUGCAUUGCGUGCUUUCUGGGCCAACCAAGGGGGGUUGCCAUCAUCUGUUGCAUUGCCUCGUAAGUCAUUGUAAUUGGACAAAUUGCCAUAUUCUUAGCGGUGGCUGGAAUUUGCUGAGGUGAACUCAGUUUUUGCUACAACUAGGUGUGGGUGGCUUCUGAUUUACUGGUUGCAGGGUGACUGGAGGCGCUGCACAGUGUCAAGUUUAAAAUGCUCCAGCUGGGUGCGAGCAUUGCUUGGGUCUCCGGUCAUCAAGUAAAGAAUUUAAGUUCUGAGAUCAAAGAAAGGAAAGGGAGUGCAACCUGUAGAGGGUGACGGGGGGAGUCCCCUAAUCAGGACAGGAUAGCUCUAGUGUGGGCACACACACAAUUGUUGCCUCCUUGGCAACAGGCCUCCUUCUCUUGGGAGGUGCGAUGUCAUCACAUUCAGGAUCUCUGCUGGUUUAUCAAUCUAUUAUUUUAAUUUAACUAGAUCCUCCCUAAAGUAUUGCACUGCAGCAAAAACAAAACAAUAAACCCUCCCAUCUGCCACCACAAAAAUAAACCCAUGUACUAAGUACGGUGACCCUGUUCCCAGGUUCCCAGGUUCCUGGCUUUGGCUGAUUUCGGUGGACAUGGGUUUCUUUCCUUCCAGUACAUCAGUGUUUAAAAUUGUCAGUGAAAUGGUCCAUGUUCCUCCAGUUACCUACAGACCCAGUUUUAAGCUAGGUGAGGGAGCUUUAUAGAGAAGUUGGUGUACUGCCAGUGAGAGGGAGGACCUAAGAGUCUACUGUUUUUCAGUGGCUGUUGGUGUGUAUCCAUCGUGUGACCUGCAGCAAGUCCUGGGACCUUGCUUUACCCCAUUUGUAAAAUGGGGCUAACAUCUCCUCCCUCUUACCUACCUCAGAGGGCGUUGGGGAGGCAAGACGUGUCCAUCUGUGAAAACAACCAUUUUGCUUCAUGGCUGUCAACUGCUAACACCAUGCUCUUCUUAUCUUUUACCUAAGUGACAGCUUCUCCUUGGAGACCGCCUUCUUCUGGUGAAGACAGCUUUUUGAGCAAGACUUUGUUCUCCAUGUGCAUGAGAACUCUCAUGAUGCUGCUGUUCUCUCUGUAGUUAUUUGACAGCAUCAAAGGCAGCCUCUUCCUGGUGUCCUUCAAGUUUUAAUGAGUUAGCUACCCCAUCUUCUACCACAUUUCUGGGUACCUGACUUCACUGUGACUCCCACACCUAGGCACUGUUUCUGCCACCCCACAACAAGCCAUCAAAGCCCCCAAAUGUUCAGCCUUGUUUAUCCCCUUGUUUUCCCUGUUGCUGUGUGUCACUGGGGCCCUACAGACAGGGCACACACCUUUACUGUGUGAACCAUUGCCGGGAGAAUGGGUGGAUGGGACAAAGACAAUUAAAUACCCACCUCCCAUUUUAAAAUUGGGGCAUGUGCCCAAGUGAAAGUGGUGGGGAAGAACCCUGGUGCACAGAGCUGACCCGGCCAGAAGGAAGACUCAGCUCUCUUGAAGUCUGCAAAGCCCCUCUAGUCUCCUGUGAAGCCAGGAGUGACCAGGAAGUGAGCAGAGAGCAGUGGCUGGAAACUUACCUCUGGCUAGAGCUUGUUGCUAAUACCCUUCUGUUUUUAAAGGGGAAACAAUCACAUUGUUUGAUUCCAAACUGCAGAGGAUUAUUCACUAUUUUUUAGGCUUCAGUAAAUCUUUUUUCUUCUUCCAUGUACAUAUGUGCGAAUAUAUAUACACACUCAUAUGAGGGGUCUUCAAAAA